GCUACGUCAGCAGUGAUACAGAAACAUGGCGGUGUCCACAGCACAGCGCCCAACUGCCAGCGCGCGCGCGUUGACAUUAACUUUUCUCACCGCGAUAAUACUUAACCGCGGCGUCGCUGACGUCUCCCCCGGUGCCUCCGCGUCAGAAGAGCUUCCCCAUCGCCGAUUCGAGUACAAAUACAGCUUCAAAGGACCGCACCUGUCUCAGCCCGACGGCGGCAUCCCGUUUUGGAUCCACAGUGGAAAUGCCAUCCCCAGCGCAGACCAGGUGCGCAUUACGCCGUCCCUCAGGAGCCAGAAGGGCUCCGUGUGGACAAAAAACAAAGUCAACUUCAACAGCUGGGAGGCCGAGGUGACCUUCAGGGUGUCUGGACGGGGCCGGAUGGGAGCAGACGGUUUGGCCGUGUGGUUCACCACCGAUCAAGGCCUCGACGGCCCAGUGUACGGCGCCGCCGACAUGUGGAACGGAGUUGGAAUCUUCUUCGACUCCUUUGACAACGACGGAAAGAAAAAUAACCCAGCUAUAGUUGUUGUGGGAAACAAUGGAAAACUUGUUUAUGACCAUCAAAACGACGGCACCACGCAGGCCCUCGGCACGUGUUUACGAGACUUCCGCAACAAACCCUAUCCCGUCCGGGCCAAAAUCACCUACUACAAGAAGACGCUGACGGUGAUGAUCAACAAUGGUUUCACUCCUGACAGAGACGACUAUGAGUUCUGCACAAAGGUGGAGAACAUGGUGCUCCCCAGCCAAGGCUUCUUCGGCAUUUCGGCCGCCACUGGUGGCUUAGCAGAUGACCACGAUGUUUUGUCCUUCUUGUUGUUUGGACUCUCUGAGCCGGGCCAGCAACCGCCCCCACCCGAUUCCGAGAUUCCUAAAGAAGAGAAGGACAAGUACCAGGAGGAAUUUCAGAACUUCCAGCAAGAGCUGGACAAAAAGAAAGAAGAGUUUCAGAAAGAGCACCCGGACGUCCAAGGAGAGCCAUUCGAGGACUUGUACGAGAGCGUGAGUGACCGGGAGAUCCGUCAGGUGUUUGAGGGCCAGAACCGGAUCCACCUGGAGAUCAAACAGCUCCACCGGCAGCUCGCCAUGAUCCUGGACGAGCAGCGGCGGUACGUUUCCGUCCUCUCCGCCGACGUCCUCAAGAAGGGGACCAACGCCGAGUCGGGACAGCUGGAUACCGCCGGUCAACAACAGUUGGGCUCCAUCGUAAUCACCCAGCAGGAGGUUCUCAAAAACCUGAAUGAGCUGAGAACCUCCUUUCACGAGUCCCUGAAGCAGAUCAGCUCGUCCCAGCACCAGGGCAACGCCGGCGGCAUCGGAACCUACGAGACCAUUCAGCACUUCAACGACAUCAAGGAGCACCUGCACACGGUCAAACGGGACGUGGAUCAGCUGAUCCAGCGGAACCCUCAGAAUCCAGCUGAGAAGAUAGUGAAGUGCCCCGAGGCGCCUCCCGUGCCCGCCUGCUUAUCCACGCUUCACUUUGUGAUCUUCAUCGUCGCCCAGUCGGUCCUGUUCUUCUGCUACAUCAUGUACAAAAGUCAACAAGAAGCAGCAGCAAAGAAGUUCUUUUGAUGAAAUCCAGCAUGUUUUUGUUCAUUUUCUUUUUUGAUUAUUUCCAGAUUGUAAGUUAUUGUACUUGAAAGUUUGUUUUAAUUAAUGACAGAUUUUUAAUUUGAUCAGUAAAUCUUUGCGUAUGAAUGCUCUUGUGAGACCUCUGGAUUUCCAACAUGAUGUAAAAUUAUCCUUGCAGUAUUUUUGGAAGGUCGGAUCCUUUUUUGAGUUUGCUUUCAAAAGUCAAAAUCUGCCACCAAACCGUAUCGUGAAACUGAAAUAACAAAAAAACCUGUGUUUUCAAAUGUGCAAUUUUGUAUAAAAAAUGAACCAUUUGUUGAAGAAACCUCAGAGCAGGAGUCUGCUUCCGUUUGCCUUGUCAGGAUCUGACGUAUGCUGAACAAUUUACAUAAACAGAAGACCCCAA